AUGUCUUUCAUCCGCAGUGUCAAGAGCCUUGCUCCCCUUAUGGACCGCGUCCUCGUCCAGCGCAUCAAGCCUGAGAGUAAGACUGCCUCUGGUAUCUUCCUCCCUGAGAGCACCCUCAAGGACGAGUCCGCCGGCAACGUCCUGGCUGUUGGCCCCGGUGCCCUUGACCGCGACGGCAAGCGCAUCCCCAUGGGUGUCGCCGCUGGUGACAAGGUCCUUGUUCCCCAGUUUGGUGGAAGCCCCAUUAAGAUCGGCGACGAGGAGUACACCCUCUACCGCGACUCUGAGAUCCUCGCCAAGAUCAACGAAUAA